AUGGCGGCGUCCUCACCAAACGACAGCAUCGCGGCGAAUUGGAAAUGCUUGCUGGCAUGUCUGCUGAUCGCCAUGGGUCCGUUCCAAUACGGCGUCGAUUUCGGUCUCAUCGCUGGUAUUCAAGCCAUGGUGGGCUUUGACAAAGUCUUCGGCCACAGAGAUGAGCUGUCUCCCACCGGCUGGAAUUUGAGUCCCGUCACCCAGCAGCUGAUAUCGUCUUUCAUGACCAUCGGUGCUGCCCGAUAUGGAUUCAGUACUGAACUGCUCUCAGGCCCACUGUCGACCAGGUUCGGAAGAAGGCAAUGCGUCUGGCUCGCCAUCAUCUGGUGCUACGUGAGCGACGCCAUCAUGAUGGGCACCACCCACGUCGCCGCCCUGUACGUCGGACGUAUCAUGAUUGGUAUUGCAAAUGGCUGGUUCAUGACCUUCCCCCAGCUGUACCUGCAAGAAGUCGCCCCAGCACACCUUCGCGGGUUCGUCUACGUCUUCUUCCAGUUCUGGGUCGCACUGGGCUCCCUGAUUGGCAAUAUCGUUGAUAACUUCACCGAAAAACUGCCGGGCAAGGAAUCCUACCUCAUUCCCCUCGGCAUCAUCUACGUCGUGCCACUCAUCCUCGGCGUUGGCAUCAUCUUUAUCCCCGAGUCGCCACGCUGGCUGUUGACCCAUGGCCGAAAGGAAGAAGCUCGCAAGGCCCUCUUGUGGCUGAGACCCGCAGGCACCAACGUCGAUGCCGAAAUCCUGGCGGUCGAGACGGCGCAUAAUCUCGAAAGGGAGAGUGCUGGCGAAGGAUCGUGGACCGAUAUCUUCACCAACAAGAUCGAACGCCGUCGCACUCUGCUCUCGCUUGGCUCCCUCACGCUCCUGUCCGCUCCCGGCGCCAUGUUCAUGAUCAUGUACGGCACUUACUUUUUCCAAAUGGCCGGUGUCGGCAAGCCCUUCGAAGACAGCUGCGUCCUUUCUGCCUUGUCCGUUGUCGGUAUUCUCGCAUCAUCCCUCUUCGUCACGCGCCUGGGCCGCAGGACCAUCCUGAUGUCCGGCAUGGUCAUCUGCGGCGUCAUGCAGCUCAUCCAAGCCUGCGUGUACAAGGCCCAGCCCGAGGGCUCUGCGACCGGCAAGGUCAUUGUCGCCAUGAAUAUCAUCUACAUGUUCUUCUACAACGCUUGCUUGGCCGCCUACGCGUGGCUGGUCGGUGGCGAGAUGCCCAGCCUGCGAUUGAGGUCCUUCGUCUUCGGCCUGGCUGGCGUGGUGGGUUUCUUCUGGCCGUGGCUCAGCGUCUUCACCGCCCCGUACUUUAUCAACCCGGACAGUAUGAAUUGGGGUCCCAAAUACGGCUUCAUUUGGUUCCCAAGCGCCAUCGUGGCCACGGCCUGGAUUUACUUUUUCCUUCCGGAGGUCAAGGACCGCACCCUCGAGGAAAUCGACGUGAUGUUCCAAGCAAAUCUCCCGGCUCGCAAGUUCAAGGGCUAUGUCUGCAAUGAGGCCGCGCUAGGUAUGCCCCGGAAAUUUGUGUCAGAGAAGGAUGACCUUGAAGUCACCGCCACGGAGGUGGAGGCGGUCGAGCACGCUGCGGCCCCGCCGCAUACGUGGGAAUAG